AUGUCAGACUUCAAAUCUGCACGCCGACGCACAAACAGCACCGCCUCAUCCCUGAGGGCCGGUCACGCCCGCGGCGUCUCCCGCCAAGUGGUCCAGGCCAGGUCGAGCCACACAUCCGACGACUUCCUCAAGCCCUUCCUAUCGGCCUCGUUCGACCCGGCCUCGUUCCUAAAUGGAAACCUGCCACCCUUGCAGCAGCGCUCGGCCUUAGCGAGCGCCAGCCUCGACGGCCCCUCGUCCAGCAGCACGGCCGAGCUGUCGUCCCAGGCGCAGGCCCUGCUCAACCAGCUCAACGCGCACACGACGCGGCUGACGACGACGCUCACGUCGAUCACCGACGAGAUCCUGCGCAGCGGGAGCCGUCUGGCAUACGAGGUGGAGCUUCUACGGGGCGAGACGCUCAGCCUCACAGAGACCAUGAAUGAGACGCUGCAUGAAGAUAUCGCGCUGUUCGUACCGAGGGGCCUACAAGCUGAGAUUGAGGACCUCGACAACAAUGGACAGCAUCAGCAGGGGGAGGACAGUGGUGGUGAGCAGCAGCAGCAGCAGCAGAGAGGCCCGGCCGAGGUAUCCAAGGUUGACGACCCCCUCGAGCCGUCUCAUAUCAAGCAGCUUCGGACCCUCAAGCUGGUGCGCGAACGACUCGAUUCGGUCAUCAAGACCUUUGGCGACGCGAUGGAAUUCCCCUUCCCCCCGUCGGAGCUGUCGGUCGGGUCGUCGUUCCUGUCCGUGUCGGCGCCCGAGCCCGGGUCCCAGCAGCAGCAGAGCCUGGAGGACAAGGGGCAGGAGGUGACCAGGAAGCUGCGCGAGGAGGUGGCGACUCUGCUGUCGUCGUCGUCGUCGUCUUCAUCUCCGUCCCAGGAUGACCCCGUGGAGGGCGUGGCCAGGGCCGCCCAGCGCGUGGAGGAGCUCAAGGAGUUGACGACGCUGUGGAAGGGGACGGCCGAGGAGAAGGGCCGCACGCGCUUCAUCGAGAGCCUGGCCAAGAUGGUCGAGGACAGGCACAGGGAGCUCAUGAGGGAGAUGGAGCAGGCUGCGAGGCGGGACGAGCAGAGACUCGACGUCGGUGGGGGGAGACCCAGGAAGAAUAGCGCUGCCUCGUCUCUCAGGUCAGCCGAUGCGACAUCAUCAGCUACGGGGACUACGACGACGACGACGACGACGACGACGACGACGACGACGACGACGACGACGGCUGAGGACAGGUCGCUUCCCGGCGGGUUCGGGUUGCUCAGCCAACUGCAGAGGCUACGGGGUGGUCUGUGA